UUCUGCAGGAGAAGCUUUUUUCUUUCUUCCGAUUCUUUUCUUCUUCUUCUUCCUUCUCUUGUUGUUUCCUCUGGAUCGAAAGGCCAUCAUGGUUAAUAAGCUCUAGCGAUUUUGUUGAGUCUCGCGAAGACAAAUAUACAUAAUUCAGAAGUUUGAGUUUCUUUUUAAAAAAAAAAUUUGCAGAAUUAAAAGUCCUUGGAAACUAGAAGGAUCCUUUUGAAUUCAGCUUAAUUUGAAGCGGAUUCGAUUAUUUUUUAUCAAUUGGGUUUUGAAUUUGAGGAAGGCAAUUCUGGACGACAGAAUUUUCGGGUCGGUUGGGGAGGACGUGUAUGAGCGCGGCUUUUGUUGCGUGCCUUUGGGUGUGAUUGUUGUUUGACGGUGCCGUUUGAUUGUGGUUGGUGAAGUGAAGCGACUCCGUUAGCGGCGGAAGGAUGGAUUGCAGGGUUGUAGCCGCCGCGAAUUUAUGGGGUCUUGUGGGCGUUGGUGGGGUGAGCCAGAUCGGAGGUGGGUUCAGCCAUGAGAGCGAACACGAUUUGGCGAUGAUGGUCAGUGACUUCUUGGAGAAUGGUAGUAGUGGCGCAGAGUCUUGGUGUAGCAGUGAUAGCGAUUCUGGCCUCUCUGACUUUGCUCAACUUGCGGAAAAAAUUCAGAUCGGUAAGCUUUCAGCGGUUCAGUAUGAGAGUGACUUACUGUCAGUGGUUCAUUCUCUCAUAUUGUCAAUGAACGAGGCCAACCUUCGGUCUAGCAAUUCUAGUCCAUGUUAUGCCAGCUGUAUCAGGUUCUAUCUAGUGAAGCUACUGAGACUUUCUGGCUAUGACGCUGGUGUUUGUGCCUCCAAAUGGCAGGCUAGUGGCAAGGUUCCUGGAGGUGACAAUGAAUAUAUUGAUGUGAUUGAUGAUAAUUUUGGAACCUCUGAGCGUUUGAUUAUUGAUAUAGAUUUCCGGAGCCACUUCGAAAUAGCUAGAGCUGUUGAUUCAUAUGAAAGGAUAUUAAAUUCUCUUCCAGUUGUUUACGUGGGUUCCUUCUCCAGACUGAAACAGUUUCUUGGAAUAAUGGCGGAUGCUGCUAGAUCUUCAUUGAAGCAGAAUUCUAUGCCUCUUCCACCUUGGAGAUCAUUAGCGUAUUUGCAAGCUAAGUGGCAAUCACCUUACCAAAGAUACAUACGUUUAGAAGGCAAUAACACAAACAACGAUAACAAUUCCCUUAACCACGAGCAGUGCUGCGGACUUUUGAAGAAGUUGCAGUCUUCUCUUCAGUCAGAAAUGGAAGUAGAGCGAAUGUUGAAACCCAGAAACAAUGAAAAUAACAGGAGGAUGAUGAAGCCUGACAGGUGGAGGCACUCCAAGUUCAGGCAUCUUUGAGAUGUACAGAUUUUGGCCUGAGAGAGAGAGAGAGAGAGAGAGAGAAACUGAAGAUUUUGCGGCUUUUUCUUCUUUCCUCACGAUUUUUUUCCCCUCAGAAACCAAAUAAGUGUUAUUCACAAACAACACUUCAACAGGUUCAUAUAGGCUUCAUAAGCUGCAAUAAGCCAUGCCAUGGUGAUAAAUUUUUGUUCAAUGCAUCCCACUUCUUGUGUCCUUCAUUUUUUUAGUUUGGUGCCCCGGUGACUGGCUGCGGCACCGCGUUUCCUAGAGUCUGUAAUAUUGCUAUUGUCCUAUUGAAUAUUCCUUGCCUUGUAUUUUGUGGUCAAGGAAUUUUUGGUACUAUUUGUUAUCUUCAUGUCUUUCUAUUUACUCUUAUGAUUAAGAGAGUUACAGGCAUGUACUGAUAUUUGAUGAUGUAGUCUUCUAAGUUGUGUUACUGCUAUGAUAUUAUUUGUAUUAUGUAUUCUGUCAUCUUGCUGGAAUUAGAAUUUCCUUAUGAGAUGAAGCUACUGGCAGUAUUUAUGCCCUAAUUUACUGAUCCUUUUUUCUUGUCUUGAAGAAUU